AUGAACCCCCCCUCAGGCGGCGCGGCAGACGCGCCGCGCCAGGCGGAAAGCAGCGCGCGCCCCAAGAAGCAACGUGCGACAUCGCCGGCCGGCGGCAAGGAAGGCGCGGCGUCCAAAGGUGCCGCUGCGCAGAAGGGCGUCAAGACGUCGAAACAAGGCGGAGGAAGCGGAAGGAGCAGUCGUGGUCAUUCCCCGGUGUCCACGACUACGGGCAGGGAGCGGCAGACCUGCACGAAAGGCGCAGCUGCUGUCCAGGCGGCAAGCGGUACGGAAAGUCCGCCGCCGGGCCCGGGCGGCAGGGCGUCGGCGGAACGCGGCAGCCAUGCGCCUGACGACGCGUCGUCGCCCUCCUCCCGGUCAGAGCAGAACCGCGUAGUGUCGGACCAGCCCUGCGCCUCCAAAUCCCCCAAGCUGCGCAGCAAACAGCCGAGAGGAGGGGAGGCGAAGAAGAGCUCCAAGAGUGCCGUAGGGUGCGGACCGGGCUUCUGGAAGGAAGGCUGUCUGCAGUCCGAGCUGAUCCAGUUCCACCUGAACAAGAGCCUUGGGAAGAAAGGCACGAAGAUGAAGCAGGUAUCCCCCCCGACGUCAGAGCCGGAGCUAUCCCCCGAGGAGGAGCCCCCUCCGCACCCUCAGCCCGAUGAGAGGCUGCAGGAGGAGAUAGAGAAGCUGGAGGAUGAGAACGAGGAUCUCAAGAACGAGAUGGAGGAGAUGCGGGCGGAGAUGGACGAGAUCCGGGACACCUUCUACGAGGAGGACGCGUGCCAGCUGCAGGACAUGCGGCGCGAGCUGGAGCGCGCCAACAAGAACUGCCGCAUCCUGCAGUACCGCCUCCGCAAGGCCGAGAGGAAGAGGCUGAGGUUCGCCGAGACGGGCGAGGUGGACGGAGAGCUGCUCCGGAGCAUGGAGCAGGACCUCAAGGUGGCCAAGGACGUGUCCGUGCGGCUGCACCACGAGCUGGAGAACGUGGAGGAGAAGCGGAUGAAGACGGAGGAGGAGAACGAGAGGUUGAGGCAGAAGCUCAUCCAGGUGGAGAUCACCAAGCAGGCCCUGCACAACGAGCUGGAGAAGUCCAAGGAGGAGCUUUGCAGCUACCAGGAGGAGAUCAGGAGGAAGGCGGAGAAGCACGAUAAGAGGCCCGGCCCAGAACCCUGCGUCGAGGUCCAGAAGAAGCCCCCCGAGCGGCCCGGUACCACGGGCUCCGUCCUGGCUGCGCGGCCUCUCUGCGACUUCACCCAGAUCUACCAGGACCUGCGCGCCCUGGAGCGGGAAGACUGGACCGCCCCGGCCGCCGUCGACCCCUGGCCCACCAUCAGAGAGGGAACUCCCGCUCUGACCCCCGGCCGCGACCCUCCAGAGGCCGACGCCCCCCCGCCCGCCGUGCCCCCGCGCUCCACCUCCUGGGGCGUGAGCAGCCCCACCCACCCCGAGACGGAGCUCCGCCUCCCGGAGACCCCCACGGCCGCCGCCGCCGCCGCCAGGAGGUGCCACAGCCCGUGCGCCUCGCUGGGCCGGCCGUGCAACAGCCCCUCCAUCGUGCGCAAGUUCGAGGCCAUGCUGCAGGAGAACGAGGGCAAGACGCUGGCGGGGUGCCCCGCCUCCGCCGCCAACGCCGCCGGGGGCGGGGCCUGCCUCGCGCCCGCCAACCCCAACUGCAACCUGGGCUGCUGCCACAACCGCUGGUCCUCCCGCGAGAGGCUGGCCCGGGGGGCCCCGUGCAAGAGCCCGACCGAGGGGAGCGUGGGGACGGCCCUGAGGGAGAGGAGCCCCCAACGCGCUGGGAAGGACCCCCCGCCAGAGGCGCCGGUGGAGACCCCCCCCAAGCUGCCGCAGAGCCCCCGGAGGAACGUGCUGCUGGAGCAGAAGACGGCCGAGUUCAACCGCACCCUGUUCCAGGCCGAGAUGGGCCGGGGGGUCCCCCCGGAGAGGGACGACGACUCCCCCCCCCCUGCCGGUUCCUCGGUGGGGGGUCACGACGCGAGGAGCGCCGGGGGAGCGGGGGAGGGGGUCCGGUUACACCCGGAGAGGAGUCCGAACCCGGGACCCCGGAGCGUGGGGGUCCCCUGUGACGGAGCCAGCGCUGUUCCCAAAGCGCCCCCCGCGGUGCCCCCCGCCCCCGCCGGCGACCCCCCCCCUUCCCAGAACCCCCAGGUCCGGCUGAGGAAGACCAGCAGGGACUCAGCUCGGGGUCAGGAGGUCACCGUGGCGACCACCCGCACCAAAGCCCCCGGCCCCGACGACGACACGCGCCGGCCGCGGCGGGACUGUGCGGACCCCGUCUCCGGGGGCCCUUCCGGGACGCGCUCCCCCAGGCAGAGGCUCCGCCCGGCCCGGGCCGGGAAGACCCCGCGGACCACGCCGGAACCGGACCCCCGAGGGAAGCAGCAGGGGGUCGCCCCCUCUUCCACCGUCCCCCCGCCAGACGCCCGACGGCCCGGCGGGGGCGGGGUCAUGAGCGACCACCCCUGGAAGCCCCUCACGCUGGCGGCGUACCCCCGGCCCGAGGGCUCGCGCUCCAACUACGGCGCGGUGGAGCGCAUCCUGAAGAGCUACGGGGAGAGGGCGGCGUGGGCCAGCCAGGGAGGAGGAGGAGGAGGAGGAGGAGACGGACGAGGAGGAGGAGGAGGAGCUGGAUCACGUGCACUACUCGCACGCCUCCCACACACACACCUCCUUCUCCAAGGUCAGCCACAGCUCCGCCGGUGGGAGGGCGAUCCAGCUGAACAUUCAGGAGCAAGAAGACUACCGGUGGGACGAGUAGCACCAAAUGACGGCGUCUCUCCGGCAGGCUCCACCCCCUCACCGGCAGGCUCCACCCCCUCGCCACGCCCCGCCCGGAGGAACUUCUCCCGCCCGGCCUGCCCCGCCCACCGCCGCCUGCCCUCCCGCUGGGCCAGCCGCUCCCUCUCCUCCUCCUCCUCCUCCUCCUCUUCUUCCUCCGCCUUCUCCUCCUCCUCCCCCUCUUUCGCCCCCGUGGCUCCGCCUUCCACCCCCCUCCCCCUCCCUCAACCUCUCCACAAGCGCCACCCCCCCUCCUUUGUCUUCUCACACGCCUUCCACACGGAGGCCCUCAUCAUCUGA